ACAGCGGACACAACAGCACUGGGAGUCUGUCUGGGAGGCACAUACUGGUACCACUGGUUUCCCACAAAGUUAAUGAAGUUGGAUUAUUUUUUGGUGUGAAGAUUUAAAAAAAAAAAAACACAAUGUCUCACGGAAUUAUUUGGAUAUUUUUCCUGUGAUGUUCUGGAGAAACUUUUACUGGACGAUGUUUUCGCAGCUUUGGGGAGGUUUUCCAUGGUUUAAAUGCAGGAGAAACUGUUAUUCGUUGUUUUGGACCGGAUAUAGUGUGGGUUGGGGCAGAGAUGCGUAAUGCGCAGAGCAAGCUCCAUCUUCUCUCCAAAUAGGCAGCGUUCAAGACCCGAAAAUGUCUAAUUCGGAGGUGAAGAAGGAGUCUGGUGAGUCCAGUCCGUCGGAGGCCGCCUGCCUCUGCUCUCCUCCGGCGGCCAAGAACCAGUGCGCCAGCUGCGGCAUGGAGAUCCAUGACCGGUAUCUGCUGAAGGUCAACAACCUGAAUUGGCACUUGGGAUGUUUGGAGUGUUCAGUCUGCAGAGCGUCUCUGCGCCAACACAACAGCUGCUACGUUAAAAACAAAGAAAUCUACUGCAAACUGGAUUAUUUCAGUAGGUUUGGCACCAAGUGCGCCCAGUGUGGCCGGCAGGUGUACGCCAGUGACUGGGUUCGGCGGGCUCGGGGCAGCGUGUACCACCUGGCCUGUUUCGCCUGUUUCUCCUGCAAGAGGCAGCUGUCCACCGGGGAGGAGUUCGGCCUGGUGGAGGGCAGGGUGCUCUGCCGCAGCCACUAUGACAUCAUGCUGGACAACCUCCGCAGGGCUGCAGAAAACGGCACAGGACUGACUCUGGAGGGAGCGCUGCCCUCUGAUCAGGACGGCCAACCAAAACCAGCCAAGAGGGCGCGGACGUCGUUCACUGCCGAGCAGCUGCAGGUGAUGCAGUCUCAGUUCGCUCAGGACAACAACCCUGACGCUCAGACUCUACAGAAACUGGCAGAGAUGACAGGACUGAGCAGACGAGUCAUACAGGUUUGGUUUCAGAACUGCCGUGCGCGACACAAAAAGCAGCCGCCUCAGGGAGGCUUCUCUCAGAGCGCUCCGAUGUCCAGGAUGCCUCCAUCGCUGCCAGACGAUAUCCACUACUCACCAUUCAGCAGCCCGGACCGACCACAUCUGCUCGCCCUGCACGGAUACCUGGACACUCAUCCCUUCUCCGUCCUCGCUGCCCCGGGCCACUUGACUCAUCCGUCCAUCUCCUUGCCACAGCUUCCCAUCAGCCGCUGACCCUCUGCGUCUGCUUUUUCUGCGUUGUCACCACUCUGAUGUGAAAAAAAAAAUCCUUUGGGACGUGUCAAUAAUCUGCUCUGUUUGGGAGUCUAAUCUCCGGAGGCAUGACGGACCUUGGUGAUCUGUUUUCAAUCAGUUGGAUUCUUCUUCGCUGUGAGACUGCUGAGCUUAACUUGUCUUUUAAAGACAGCAGACUGUGGAGAAAUGUCCCGCCUCCAUGCCAACAUGGGAGUUUUUUUUUUUUAAUGCUGCAGAGAAGAAGACCACUUUUAUUUUAUUUUUCCUCUUUUUGAUGGGACAUAAAACAUUGCAUCAGGUCAGGAUUGUUUUCCUUUUGUUUACCCACUCAUACAAGGUAUUUUAAUUGUAUUGCUGCGAUAUGCAAUAUGAUAAAAAGGAGUGUUGUAGCAGUAUUACAGUAAAACCUCAGCAUUUGUUUUUUUUUUUGUGUUGGUGUUGAGCACAUUUGCAGCUUUACUGUUGUUUGUUGUUGUAUUGUUGUCCGAAAACUCUUAUUUAUUCAGAACAAAACUUCACUUUUAAAAAAAGCACUUUUAAAUGUGUCUUGAAAUGGAAUUAUUCAGUGAUUGUACAUUGUAAAUACUGCUACAGUUUAAUAAAAAUGUAUCAGAGCUGUUAUGGAAAUGAAUAA